AUGAAGAACGUACCCCACAAGACUCCGCUGCCUGAGGGCGUUGGCGUGGGCAAAGUGAUGCGAAUUCGGGGUGUGGUUCCCAACAAGGCUGGCAGGUUCUACGUCAACCUGCUCUGCAGUGAUGAGAAGGACAGCGAGGCCGCCCUGCACUUCAACCCCAGGCUGGACGAGUCCACCGUGGUCUUCAACACCCUGGAGCAGGGCAAGUGGGGCAAAGAGGAGCGAGGCAAAGGCAUCCCGAUCCAGGGUGGCCAGCCCUUCGAGGUGCUCCUCAUCACCACCCCUGAAGGCUUCAAGGCGAUCAUCGGCGACCAGGAGUAUCACCAUUUCCGCUACCGCAUCCCCGCGGCGCGCGUGCGCCUGCUGGAGGUGGGCGGGGACGUGCAGCUGGAGUCCGUGAGGAUCUUCUGA